CUAUCGCGUGCCAUCGUCGUAGGCUCAUAGCCAAUACAGGCAACGUCAGUAAUGUAAGCGUCAUUUUAUCCUCAUUUUUGCGAUCCAUACCAAUUAUAUACGUAAAGAUAAAACGUUCUUACUUCCUCCAUUAUUGAAUUAACUUCAGUAUAUACUUUUUUUUUUACCUCUUUUUAAAACGUUCGUGUCUAUCUGCCUCUCUCUCUCUCUUUCUCUCUCUCUCUCUCAAUGUGCAUUUAGCAUUAAGUCAUUUAUUUGUAAGUACACAUAAUCCGUCCGUCUUUUCUGUGCAUAGCACAUACAUUUGAAUGGUUUGAACGGGGGUUAGGGGAUAACAAAAAAAAAAAGGGAAAGAAGUAGGGGCAGAGGUGGAAAAGGGAGAGGAGGAGAAAGAGGAGGUAAUAGUCGAAUAGGAGGAGAAGGAGGUGGAGGAUAAACGUGUAAUUUUGCGAAUGUGCGCCUUUCUCUUCUUUGCGGUACAAAUAAUCCGUGAAAAACGAUGUCAGAUCCCAUAGCCACAGACAUGAUCGACGGAAUCUGGCCAUUUUUAAAGAGCAUCGAUUGGAGAGAUCCAUGGCUGGCUUUGUUAUUAACUUUUCAUAUUGCUGUUACAAUGACAGCUCUGAUGACACGAAAUCAUGCUAAUUUUCAAAUCAUUUUAUUCCUUGUAUUAUUACUUCUUGUUUACUUUACUGAAACCAUCAAUGAAGUGGCUGCAACAAAUUGGAUGGUUUUCUCAAGGCAACAAUACUUUGAUUCUAAAGGAUUAUUUAUAUCAAUAGUUUUCUCUACACCUAUUUUGAUGAAUUGCAUGAUCAUGGUGGCCAGUUGGCUAUAUCAAUCCAGUCAAUUAAUGACAAGUUUAAAAAGAGCACAGUUGAGACAACAGGCAAAGAAUCGGCAAUCCAAUGGUGAUUUGUCAAAUACAAAUGAUAAUGCAAAUCGACAGAAACAAGAAUAGAACCGAUAACAUCUAGUCAAGCAAUGAAAUAUGAUUAUAAGUAUAUGCAUUAAGCAUCACUAUAAGGCAAAAAAAAAAAAAGAAAAUAGAAAUAAGUGAUAGACUUAAAAAUAGAUAGAACUCUGCAUUUUCAUGUAAUCCUUUAAAUAUGAAAAGUGCCCUGGAGAUGUAAUUCCUUCUUAGCUAUUGCCAAUUAAUUGGGAUUGCAAUUUAUACUGAUAUUGCCUAGUCAAUAUAAUGAUGACUUGUAUUUUCAGACUUUCAGUAUUGUGAAAGAAUAAUUUAAAUAUAUUAAAAAGAAACAUACUAUACAAGUGAAAAGUAAAUCAAAUACGUAAAAGCAGAAUUGGAGAUUAUGAUAAAACUUAGAUAAUAUUAAAAGUUUCAGUUUGUAGAUUGGUCCAAAGUAAUGAUAUUAUUUUAUAUUAAAGUACAUUCCUACAGCUUUCUCCCCUUUUCUUAUCAAUUAAUUUAUCAUAAAAUAAUAAUAAGACAAAGUGUUCUUAAUGCAAAAUCAUGUACUUAUUACAGCAACCAAAAUAUCGCUUUUAAUGCAAAAAUAUGCAAGUCUAAAAGUAAAGGCAUAAUUAGAUUAUUACAAAUUAUGUAAUAAAGUAUGUGUGCAUUUUGUGUACCUGUGUGUGAGAAAUCAUGUUAAAAUGUACGUAUGCUUUACGAAUGUGUGAAUAAAUGCUUUUGAAAUCAAAAAAUUCAAACAUUUAUUUCAAUAUAAAUCAGAUAACGAAAAAUGAAAAUCUGAUAAUUGUUUUGGCUUUUUUGAUUUGUAUAUUAAUAUAAAUUAAAAUUCAUUAUUUUAUCCACGUUAAAUAUUAAACGAACUAUAUUAGGUAGUGGUGAAAUGUUUAUUUGUAUAAUUUUAGACUACAUGAUUUUUCCAUAUUGUAUUAUCGCUUAAUCAAUAAAAAGAAAUCUUGUUAGCAUAAAUAGAUACAUGUAUCUCGUAACAAGAGUUACGGCAUUUUUAAGAUUUCGUAUAAUCAAUACGACUUUUUUCGUCGUAAUAUGAAUGCUGCUAAUAAUAAUAAUAAUAAUAAUAAUAAUAAUAAUAAUAAUAAUAUUAGUAAAUAAAUAAAUAUAUUAAAACAAUUACUAAAU